AUGGCGCUAUUCGGGACUUCUGACGCCCUGAUGUGCAGGGCAUUCCCCACAACUCUGCGGGGGUCGGCCCGCACGUGGUACAGCGGCUUGAAGCCAGGGACCGUCGCCUCCUUCGACCAGCUCGCCAAGGAUUUUGAGCUUAACUUCCUAGCGUACGCCCGACCUAAGCCAUCCAUGGCAUUGCUCCUCGGGCUCAACCAGAAGGAGGACGAGCCCCUCUCCCAUUUUGUGAACCGAUUUACGACCCAAAUCCGUGGAUUGUUCUUCUGGUCGCUCGUGGAGCAACCCCCCGUUGCGGUCCCCAAGAUGCUCCAGCGUGCCAGUCAGUUUAUCGCCGCGGAGACUUGGAUGGCUGGAAGGCGGGAGGAACACAAAAAGGUCAAGUCAGAGCCGCCCCGACAGCAACAACCCGCCGCCUCCCGACGAAAGUUGGACAGACCUGACCCGAGGCCUCCUCUUCCCGCCUUGAAUUCGUCCCGGACUGAAAUAUUCCUACACGAGAAGGGGAAGGGGCUGCUCAAGGACCCUCGCCCGAUGAGGAACCCGCGGGAGCUCGCAGACCGAUCAAGAUAUUGCCGAUUUCAUCGCAGCAUAGGCACGACACUGAGCAAUGCUACGAGUUGA